UCAUCUCUUUGUUUCCUUUUCUUUUUUGUUUUCCUUUUACACACCUGUGUUUGGUUUGUCAGUUUUUGGUAUAUCAUAUUCACUGCAGUUCUAUCUUACAAAAACUGAGGAAGAAGAAGACAAGAGGAGAGAAGGGAGAUGACUGCCAUAACUUCAUGCAGUCUCGACCUUAAACUUUAUUAUCUCACAGUAGAUACAAGGCCAAAAUAAUAAACCAAAAGGGUACACCAAAUUACUUCAUAUGCCAUUAAUGAAACAUAAAGGCACGUAAGAAAUAAAACAGAAAUGAAACAACCUAUUUUUGAUGGGUUUGGUUCUGGAAUAAGAUCCAAACCCAUCUGGUCAUCUUUUAACAUUCUCCCUCACGUUGUGCAUGUUCCUUUUAUCACGCACAAAUUGUUCUUGAGAAACCAAAAUUGAUGACUAGUCAAAACCUUCGUAAGUAAAUUAGCAACUUGAUUAUCGGUUUGAAUGUAACAUGGCUCAGUCUCCUUGUGCUGAACCUUUUGAUGAAUGAGGUGUUGAUUAAUCUCAAUGUGGUUCAUCCUACUAUGAAGAAUGAAAUGAAAAGCUAUGUUGAUGGCACUUUGAUUGUCACACAAUAAGGAGGAUCGAGUAAUAGGCUCUCCUAAUUCACCCAAUAAAUUUUUUAGCCAUGUAGCUUCGGCUGGCCCUGCUGUUAUAGACAUAUAUUCAACUUCUGUACUAGAUCAGACUAUGGCUUUUUGUUUUCGACUACUCCAAAUAACAAGAUUUCUUCCAAUAAAAAUACAAUAGCCUGAAACUGAUCUCCUCUCAUCUGGAUCUUCUGCCCAAUUUGCAUCUGUAUAAGUAAUUAGCUCACGUCUUUUACAAGAAGAAUCACUCUUGCAAUAGACAAGCUCAUCUCCAAUUGUGCUUUUCAGAUACCUUAAGAUUCAUUUAACAACGUCCAUAUGACUGUUUUUAGGAGCAUGCAUAAAUUGUGACACUUGAUUCACGGAAUAUACAAUAUCUGGCCGAGUGAAGGUAAGGUAUUGUAACAUGCCAACAAUGUUGCAAUACCUUGUAGGGUCAUGAUAUAAAUUCUCUUCCUCUAAGCUCAACUUUUGAUUUGAUGCACUAAGAGUACUAACAGGCAAUGUUAUAAGAAGCGUACGCUUCAAGAAAAAAAAAACACAACUCAAGGCGUUUUUGAGAAAAAACGCCUUGAGGCAGGGAGGAGCGCGCAUCCCUGAAGCAUGCGCCUCACUUGGUUGAGGCGUAUGCCUCUACCUGUGGUACGUUCCACGCUUGAGGCGUACGCCUCAAGGACAAAGUCGGAAUAUUAGUUUUUUUAAUUAAAAAAAUUUAUAAUUAAAUAAAAAUGGUAAAGGGGCUUCACGUGUAGCCCUAAUUUAACAGGUUUGUAUUCCUAAAUCUCUUAUCAUCAAUCUCAAAUCACCUGUAAAUUCAACCAUUCCUGCACCCGUGAAAUUAUUAGAGGGUGGAGGAAGUUGCGGCUGCCGGAGCCAUCGCCAAUGUCAAAAAUCCAUCAUUCCAUUGCAACUGUAAGUCUCUCUUGUCUCUUGUCUCAACACUUCGGUUCAUGGCCGGCGCUGGCCAUGGCCACCAUCUUUCUGUGUGGCCCAUGACUGGCAUCCCUCCUGAAGCUAUUUUCUCUGCCCUUUCGAGAUAAGGUGUCUGAUACCGCUCGGCUGUUCAUGCCUUCUUUUUAUUUCGUGGCCGAAAGAGAGAGGGGGAGGUGGAGGGGAGUUUCGGGGCCGCCCUCUUGAACCUAUUUUCUUCACGCAUUGCAGUCAUAUCCUUAUCGAUAGCAGCAGUGGACUUAGAAAUUUGAAUCUCCAUUGUUUUAUUUGGGUUGGGUGGUCUGAUCCAUUGUAUCUGAUCCUAAAUCAGAUUUGCUGUGCUUAGGUGCAUAGGUUGAUCGUGUUGGUGCAUCGAUGACCAUCCAAAUUUCUGUCUUACAAGUAAAGAUUAAACGACCAGUUCAAUGUAACCCUCCUUACAGUGAAAACAACAUUCGGUUAUCAUUAGCCUGUCCCAAAAAGACAAAAGUUUGUUUUUAUGUAAGCAUAACAAGAUUAACCCAACAUCUCGACCUACAAUGACGCAAAAACUGCUUGUACAUUAGUAUGGUUAUCAAGUUAAAGAACAUGGCGAUGGUAAUUGAUUGAUUGUGGUAGACAAUCAUUAUAUAUUUAAAUGAAGUUGAUUAGUUAUUUUGCAUUUAGUUUGUCAUAUGUUAUUACUUCUUAAAAUAAUAUUGUAGUCAUGUUGUGUAUUGUUCUUUAUUGAUAGUCUUAGUAUUGUAGUCACUUUUUUCAGUUUUGUUAUUAUUUUUAUAUUAAUUAUAUAAUUCACAAAUUUGUCCGUGAAGCUUAUGCUUCAAUUAACGCCUCGCCUCGCCUCACCUCGUUUUCUCGCCUUUUACAACAUUGCUAACAGGUCUAGAAUUUAUCAUGCCUGUCUUGCUCAAAAGAUCCAGAGUGUAUUUCUACAGUGUCAAUGUCAAGGUAUCUUGUUGUCUAUCAAUCUCCACAUCAAGAAUAUAUCUUAACUCUCCUAAACCUUUCAUUUUAAAACUCUUCAUAAAAAAAAUUAUUUACUUCACAAAUAUGACUGUCACAACUUCCAGUGAUAGCAAUAUCAUCAACAUAUAUGAGAAACCAAGUAGAGAUGUUCUUGCUUUGAUAAAUAAAGAGAGAAUGGUCAAAGUACUUCUAUGGAAACCAUAUUGUUAAAUUUGUUGGGAAAAACUAUCAAACCACGACUGAGACGCUUGCUUUAAACCAUAAAGGGACUUGCAAAGCCUACAUACCCAAUUUGCAGCGUCUUUCUCUGCAUACCUGGUGGUUGUUUCAUGUAUACGUCUUCUUUCAAGUCUCCAUGCAAGAAUGCAUUUUUAACAUCUAGUUGGCUAAGCUUCCAACCAUGAUCCAACUGCCAAUGAGACGAUGAUGUGAAUUGAGCCCAUUUUCACCACUGGACUGAAGAUCACAUCAUAGUCUUGUCCAAACUCCAAACUGUUGUGUAAAACCUUUAUCUACCAAUACUUCCAUUUGGUUUGUGUUUGAUUUUAUAUAUCCACUUGGAGCCAACUACAUUCUUCCCUUGAGGCCUUGGAACAAUUUCCUAAGUCUUGAAUUCAUGGAGUGCCUCCAUCUCUUCAUUCAUAGCUUCUACCCAUCUCUUCAUUCAUAGCUUCAAACCUUGGUAAGCUAUGUCAAGCUUCUACAAGAUUGGGUUUAAUAGUCAUCUCUUUGUUUCCUUUUCUUCUUUGUUUUCCCUUUACACACUUGUGUUUGGUUUGUCAGUUUUUGGAAUAUCAGUCUUGAUAUUCACCGCAGUUCAGUCUUGCAAAAAAUAAGGAAGAAGAAGACAAGAGGAGAGAAGGGAGAUGACUGCCAUAACUUCACGCCUAUGUCACACGGGUACUCCUCUUAAGGAGGAGUACCCGCACGGUACCGGUACGCCCGUGUGUGCGCCUCUAGUGCGGUCAACACGGUAUCGGGUACGGUCAACGUACCAGGGUUCAAUUUUGUCCAAUUUCGGACUCGGUCAACUUUGACCGAGUCCAUAGUUGUCCAUUUUUUAUUUUAAUGAUUUUCAGUUUUUAACGUUUUAAACAUCAUGUAACGUUAAAAUGGUUGAAAACCCUAAACCCCAAAGACGUCUUCUUCCUCCUUCGACGCAUUUCUCACCGACUGCAGCAAUCUCUUUGGCGACUGGCAACUACAGUGGGCGAAUGGCGGCGACGGCAGGCAGCGACCGGCGAUGGCAAGCGGCGACGGCAGGCGGCAACCGGUGACGGUAGGUGGCGUUGGCGACGGUAUUUUGCUUAUUUUUUGUGAAUCCUCUCGACUGACGCUUGUGUUUUCGAUGGUCGGCGGCAACUUGUUCCUCCGGCGGCGAUUACAACCAUACGUUCGGUAGUUGGGCAAAUCACGCAAGAUUUAGGGCAGAAACUGAAAAGAGGGAUAACCACGCCAGAAAGGAAAGAAUUUAGGGCAGAUUAGGGCUAAUCACAUCAAACUGAAAUCACUCACCGGAGGACGAUGCAACUUGGCUCUGAUACCAUGUUAGAAUCUUCACAAAGAACUCGUCUCUCCGUAUGCAAAUCAGAUACAUUGAAAGGAGAGGAUGAAAGAAGACGAUGGAGGAAAUGGAGCAGCCGGCUUAACACAGCCCUGCGUUCCUUGAUCCUUUAAUUAAUCAAUAACCCUAAUAGGUUACAACAGAUUUGUACAUAAAAAUAUAAAAUAUUACAAGAGAGCCACCGCCUAGUAACUUUAGGCGUGUGGAUAUAAAGAGAAUGGAUCGGGUCUGAACAGACCCGAUCCCCAUACGCUAACAGCUUGAUCUGGUUCUUCAAAUCCCAUCUUACAGUCCCUUUCUUUGUUUUAUUAAUCUAUUGUAUGUCGUUUUGAUUUCGUUUGUACGUUUUUUUGUUUUCUUGUUGUUCGUUUAAAAUUUUUAACGAUGCAUCUUAAUUUGGUCUGUCUUCUGAAUAAGUGAAUGUUCUAUGGACUGUUUUUAUUUGUUUUCUGUCUCUGUUUUCUUGGUGUCGGUCAUCAAGACUCUGCCAGAAAGCCACUCAAGGCUUAUGAGUGCUGCUAAGCCUGCUAUAAAUACACUUAGAAUAGAAAAAUAGCAUUAUAGGCUAUAAUGCUAUGUUUCUGUUCCAACUGUUAUGUUUUUUUAAUCAUUAAAAUGAUUAAAUCAGUAAUUUUUGGCUGCAGCCUGCACCGACUUUUACUGUUUUACAGUUUGACUUGUUUAUGUUCUGUUUACCUGUUUAGCAUUUCCUCUUUAACCAUGGCUUCUGUUUAGCUGAAAUAUUUGUAUGUUAAUUACUUCCACACUGAGUUUUGAAUCAUGAUUUAUGAAUAUGCUAUUCUGUUUGUAAUUUUUUGAUAUAUAUAUAUAUAUAUAUAUGUGUGAAUAUGUUAUUCUGUUUGAAAUUUUUUGAUAUAUAUAUAUAUAUAUAUGUAUGGCUGCAUGUGUGUACGGCCGUACCCCCGCACCCAAAUUUUUUGAAAAUGGUCCGUACCCGCACCGGUACCCGUACCGGCACCCGUACCCAUACCUAUGUGACAUAGCUUCACGCAGUCUCAACCUUAAACUUUAUUAUCUCAUGUUAGAUACAAGGACAGAGUAAUAAACCAAAAGGGUAUACUAAAUUACUUCAUAUGCCAUUACUGAAACAUAAAGGCACGUGAGAAAUGAAACAGAAAUGAAACAGCACCUAUUUUUGAUGCGUUUGGGUCUGGAUCAAGAUCCAAACCCAUCUGGUCAUUCUUUAACAUGGUUGACUUGUUCUCUUCAUCCAGUUUGUUGUGUUUGAAUUUUGAAAUAAGAUGCACUUUCACUGUGCAUGAAGCAGCUGCUUUUCACAUUUAUCGGGCCAUGACUUAACAAUAUAAAUUUUAGUCCUAUGUUUGACUUAAACGAACAAGUGUAGUUUUACAUGCGUUGGCAGUUUAGCUGUUGUUUGGAGAAAAACUGGAAGAGGGAAUCUUAAUGGUUCGUCUGCGAACUAGACUCAUUGGAGCAAACUUCAAACAGAGUUGUAGUCAAGUACUCUGAUGGAUGUGAAUGGAUGGUAUACCUGUGUAACAUGGACCCACUGAAAGACACACCAUAUCCAUGUUUUCUAUGUCAUAACCAGAUGCAUGUUGCAACUAAGAGCACUUGGGUAUUAAUCAAACUCUGUUGACAUCUGUGCCCAUGCUCAUGCAAAAUAGGCUGCCACUCCUGUAGAUAUGGGACCUUUCGGGGAUGUCCUAAAUUUAUGUCUAGACACCUCACUUCUGUGUUUUUCUAACUUGGAAUGUUGAAAAAGGGGUUUAUUUACCAAAUGGGUGAUAAAACUUCUUUCUUCAAAUUACUUAAGAGGAAGAAUCUCCUAUUACCUAUAAGACAGAGGACAAGCAUGAUUGCAGAAUCAUCAAGUUAAACUGUGUAUGAUGCUUACCAUUUUCCACCUUAGUUGAUAUGGUCCUAUUUGUUAGUCUUUUGUCAUCCUUCCUAAUCUUUCUUUCCUUCAUAUUUGAUGUUUCUGAUUGUUUGUUCCUGAGUGUUGAAUCUCUCUCUCUCCCUCUUUGUGCAUUACAUGUAAGGCUGUAACAAAUAAGAAGUUACUCUUAUGCUUGGGAAAGAGGAUAUAUGAACUUGUGUAACUUUUGUCAGUUGUCUGGGUCUGUAUAUAUGCAAUAUGAAAUGUAUUGGGUAUAAACAUCUGCCUCGGUCCGCCACGGGUCUACAUAUAUCACCAUGUGUUUGGCUUAAAAGCCUUAAAAUUAAAGGAGCUUGUGUUCAUGUGUGGGGUCUGCAUCCUUGCCAUAACUGCUGGAGACAUGUAGAGAUUUUCAUGCCUUCGAAGGGAGGAACUACUGGGAGUUUCCAUGGAGAUGGACAAUAGGUAUCUCUGGUUGGCAACCCAAACAAGUCUAAAAGGGUUCAGCUGCUUUCUCUUGGUCAACAAAGGAUCAAUGGACAUCUAAAUUGAAGAAUCUAAAGCUGUUGGUCAACUUCGCAAUGUUAGACUUGCAAAUUUGAUUGGAUGCUGUUGUGAAGGUGAUGAAAGAUUGCUUGUUGCUGAAUAUAUGCCCAAUGAUACUCUAGCAAAGCACCUUUUCCAUUGGGAGACUCAACCUAUGCAAUGGACAAUGCGUUUAAGAGUUGCACUUCAUCUCGCACAAGCUUUAGAGUACUGCGGCAGUAAGGGACGGGCUCUAUAUCAUGAUCUCAAUCCAUAUAGAGUUUUGUUUGAUGAGGAUGGUAAUUCGAGGUUAUCAUGCUUUGGGCUGAUGAAGAAUAGUAGAGAUGGAAAAAGCUAUAGUACUAAUUUGGCCUUCACUCCUCCUGAGUAUCUAAAAACAGGUCGAGUGACAUCAGAAAGUGUAAUAUAUAGUUUUGGCACGCUUUUGCUUGACCUGCUCAGUGGGAAGCAUAUCCCUCCUAGUCAUGCCCUUGACUUGAUUCGUGGCAGAAACUUCUUGAUGCUGGCAGAUUCUUGCUUGGAAGGUCAAUUUUCUGACGAUGAUGGGACUGAGUUGGUGCAAUUAGCUUCUCGUUGUCUUCAAUAUGAGCCACGUGAAAGGCCAAAUGCAAAAUCCUUAGCAGUUGCUUUAUUGUCUCUUCAGAGAGAAACUGAGGUUCCUUCUUAUGUCUUGAUGGGCAUACCACAUGGGUCAGUUUCAACAUCGGAACAGAUGACUUUGUCUCCUUUGGGUGAUGCCUGCUCAAGAAUGGAUUUGACUGCAGUACAUGAGAUUCUAGAGAAUGUUGGAUAUAAGGAUGAUGAAGGAACAGCAACUGAGCUAUCCUUCCAGAUGUGGACCAACCAAAUGCAGGACACUCUUAACUCAAAGAAACAAGGAGAUGCCGCUUUCAGGCACAAGGAUUUCAGGACUGCAAUUGACUGCUAUACCCAGUUUAUUGAAGUUGGAACAGUGGUGUCACCAACGGUUUUUGCUCGCCGCUGCUUGUCCUACCUUAUGAGUGAUAUGCCAGAUGAAGCCCUUCAUGAUGCAACACAGGCACAGGCUAUUUCCCCUGCAUGGCCUACUGCAUUUUAUUUGCAGGCAGCGUCCAAAUCUGCACUAGGAAAGAAUGAUGAAGCUCAAGAAGCACUUAAACAAGCCACUUUGCUAGAAGCCAGAAGGACCACAGGCAUCAGCUGACAUCAGAAACUUGGGUCGUCUUCAUGAUUUGGAGAGUUUGGGCGCCUUUUGCAUCCCAUGUUGGUGAUAUUCAUAUGAUUCCAGUUGGAGGUUUUGUGAUUUCCCCUGCAGAGUGGGUUCUCUUGGGGUUCGUGGUAUAUUUAACACAUUCUGUGAUGCUUGUCAAAAAGUUGUAAGCUUCUGUACAGAAACUUAAUUCUUUUUUGAUGCGUGUGGAAAAGCAGGAGCACUUUUUGAUUUUUUGUAUUUUUGCUUCUUUUCGAGAACAAGUGCAUUCAACUGUAUUUCUCUUUCCUGAAAGUAGGAAGAGUUUGUAUUUUUGGUUCUUUUCGAGAACAAGUGCAUUCAACUGUAUUUCUCUUUCCUGAAAGUAGGAAGAGGGUGUGAACCUUCCAAUUAUGCAGUGGUGAUUUUACCUUUGGAAUAAACGGUGAAGAGGUGAAUUUUUGUUUGUUUUC